AUGUCGGACCGUGAGAGUGGUGAAGAUCAGCAACAGCAGGCACAAAAUAGAGGUGCUUAUGAGCAGGAACUUGCAACCAAAACUUUGAUGAUACAGUCCAAAAGGUUCUACCUGGAUGUUAAGCAAAACAGAAGAGGAAGGUUUAUUAAAAUUGCUGAGGUAGUUGGUGCUGGUGGAAAGAAGAGCCGCCUCCUUCUGGCUAUGUCUACAGCUGCAGAAUUUCGGGAUAAUUUAACAGAGUUCAGUGAACAUUAUGCAUCUUUGGGUCCUCCAAAUCCUGAUAAUCUUCCAGAGGAUGGUAAACUAAAAACAGAAACAAUGGUUAAAGAUAACAGGCGCUAUUACUUAGACUUGAAAGAAAACCAGCGUGGACGGUUCUUAAGGGUAUCUCAAACAAUUCCUAGAGGUGGUCCCAGAACGCACAUUGCUAUCCCUGCCCAAGGAAUGAUUGAAUUUAGAGAUGCCCUCACAGAUUUACUGGAUGAAUUUGGAAUUGAAGAUCAUGAUCGCAGUGAAUUACCAGAAAAUCGAACGGCACGAGUGGAAGGGAAAAUAUUUUACUUUGAUGUUGGUUCUAAUGCUCGGGGUGUGUUUCUUCGGCUAACAGAGGCUCGGCCUGGUGGAUAUCGCAGCUCCAUUACCAUUCCAGAGCGUGCCUGGUCAAGGUUUCGGGACCUUAUGGCAGAAUUUGCUGAUAAAAUGAAGUCCAAAGAGGGCCAAUAG